AUGAAUCUAGGCGACCCGGCGCAUUGGGGGAUCCUCAUAGACCUUCAGUCAUGGCUCGUGGUAAAGACUGAAGGAUGGGAGAGAGGCUGUGGAGAUAACACAUCACGCCCUGUCUGCGUCCUGUGUUAUGAUGCUGUCCUGGAGAGCGUCUGGGACAAUCCCGUGUCCGCUUGCCAGAGUGCCGUUGACAUCAAUGACAAACCUCUGUGGUGUCAGGCAGUCACUCACACUUCUGCUGGGUGUCUGUCAUCAUGCUCAAACGGUCAGGCGCUGACACCUUUUCACGUGAAUGAAGAUUCUCCAGCGGCUGACAAAAAAAUAGUGGAUGGCCUUUAA